AUGAAUGCUAUUCUGGAUUUUGCAACUAUCUUACGAGAUUUCCAGAAAGCUAAAAGACCGUUCCAACUUAUAUAUAACCUGGUUUCGUUGUCAAAACAACAGAGAUUAUUGGUUUUAGAUGCUUCAUUUAACCCACCCCAUCUGGGUCAUAUUCAUUUAGUAAAAUCAGCUGUCAAUUAUUAUUCAAAUUCUGAUGUACAUGUAUUACUCCUUCUAUCAAUUAAUAACGCAGACAAAGUGACUCAGCCGGCCAGUUUUGAUAAAAGAUUAGGUAUGAUGUGUAUUGCAGCUGAUAUUUUACAACGGGAUAACGUACAUACCUCUGUUGCAAUCACUAUGUUCGGAAAAUUUGUUGAGAAGUCGUUGGCAAUCCAAAAUGAAAUGUGUUUCGAAGGUACAACAGUGUAUUUAGUUGGUUUUGAUACACUUGUGAGGAUAUUUGACCCGAAGUACUAUCUUCCGCUACCUAUCAGUGAAGUGUUAUCCCAAUUUAUGACUAAAUCUGAACUAUAUUGUUUAACUAGGGGUUCCAAGGAUAAUGAGAAAUAUCAGUUGAACUAUGUAAAAGAUAUUUCUAAGGGUACAUAUGAACCAAAUAUUCCAAGAGUAUGGGCUUCAAAGAUACAUAUUGAGCUGAACACUGAAGAACACUCUCAAAUAUCAUCAUCUGAUAUUAGGAGACUGCUCUAUACACAAGACGUUUCAUCCAUGAUGCCAAAAGAAAUUUUAAAAUAUAUUAAUCAAACCUCUCCCAAUAAUAACAUCUUCGGCAGGUAG